CCCGCCCCGCCCGCGCCGCUCCGCUAGGGUUCCUCACGCCGCCGCCGACCCCGCCCACCGCCCAGCCCCGUCGCCCCUUCCCGCCCACCCCGACGCCACCCAGAAUUACACACAUACACACAUACAUCCGAGCCGACGCACGACCUUCGGUCGCGGCCGGUGGUUCGCCGCCGACCGCCGCCUCACGUCGCCCGCUCCCGUCCCGCCCCGCUCCGGCGUCGCGCCCCUCCCGCCUCGACCCCGCCCGCGGACCCUGGGCGCUGUUUCCCCGAGGUACAUUCCUCCUGUUAUCCGUGUCGUUUGAUGCAGUUUAAUGGCGAGUAAUAUGCAGACACCUGGUCCGCCUCAGCCCCCCCGGCCUCCUAUGAUGGGUUCUACCGCACCACAAAAUAUGGGACAACCAAUGCCCAUGCAGUGGCCACCAGGUCCGCCACAACAGCCUCCUCAGUUCAUGCAACCAGCGCCACAACAGUAUCGGCCUAUUGGUCAGGCCAUGCCAGGAGUUAACAUGGGCAUGCCAGGGCAGAUGCAACAUUUUCAGCAACCUGGGCCACAUAUGCCUCACUCUGGUCAUGUUCCGCCUGCAUCGCAAGCUGUUCCUAUGCCGUACCAGGCAGCUAGACCUAUGUCAUCAGCUCCUAUGCAGCCACAGCAGCAAGCUGUAUUCCCUGGUGGACUUAUGCCCACCAUGGGCGCCCCUAUGCCGCCUCCUUCUUAUACCUAUCAACCAACAUCGGUUCCUCCUGGAUCUCAACCCUGGGGCACAGCCCCGGGUCAGGGCGCACCUCUUGUGUCGCCGAUGGUGCAGCCUGGGCAUCAGUCUCUCUCAGCUUCAGUGCCCCCAGUGAGCUCAACUGAACCUAGCUCUGCGGAUUGGCAAGAGCACAGUUCAGGGGAUGGAAAGAAGUACUAUUACAAUAAGAGGACAAAGCAAUCAAGUUGGGAGAAACCUGCUGAGUUGAUGACCCCUUUGGAGCGGGCUGACGCUUCAACUGAAUGGAAAGAGUUUACUACAGCAGAAGGGCGGAAGUACUAUUACAACAAAGUGACAAAGCAAUCCAAAUGGUCUAUUCCUGACGAGCUAAGGAUUGCACGUGAAUUAGCAGAAAAGACAUCAAAUCAGCAGCCUGCCCGGGAGAUUGAAUCCACUACUGUUGCCCCUGUUGGAUCCACUUCUGUUUCUGUGGAGACUUCCUUACCUGCCACACAGUCUUCAUCUUUAGUAGGAACAAUUGCUCCAAGCUCCCAUGAUGCGAUAGCAAACUUGCCUCCUCCUGGUGCUGGCCCGUCGUACAAUGGGGAUAUAUCUUCUUCUAGUUCCAUGCAAAACGGUGGAACAAGUGCUGUGGUUGCCCCUGUUACAACGAGCACUGGAGAUCCAUCAGUUGCAAGUGAUGCAGGGACAAACAGAAGCACUUAUGGAAGUUCAUCUGUACCUAGUACUACUGACACAAAAGUUGGAGCAUCUGCUGAAGAUUUGGAGGAGGCCAAAAAGACAAUGCCAACUGCAGGGAAGAUCAAUGUUACUCCGCUGGAGGAUAAAACAAGUGAAGAAGAACCUGUUGUUUAUGCUACUAAGUUGGAAGCAAAGAAUGCAUUCAAGUCCCUGCUUGAAUCGGCAAAUGUUCAGUCAGAUUGGUCAUGGGAUCAGGCCAUGAGAGUUAUUAUAAGUGACAAAAGAUAUGGUGCUCUGAAAACUCUUGGAGAGAGAAAGCAAGCUUUCAAUGAGUACUUAAACCAGCGGAAAAAGAUUGAAGUUGAGGAGAGGCGUGUCAAGCAAAGGAAAGCACGUGAUGAUUUUUUCACAAUGCUGGAAGAAUGUAAGGACCUUACAUCAUCACUGAGAUGGAGCAAAGCAAUUACUAUGUUUGGGCAUGAUGAAAGGUUCAAUGCUGUUGAACGCCCCAAGGAGCGUGAAGAUUUAUUUGAGAACUAUCUCGUGGAGCUGCAGAAGAAGGAAAAAGCAAAGGCUGCUGAAGAGCACAAAAGACGCAUAGCAGAAUAUAGAGAAUUUCUUGAGUCAUGUGAUUUCAUCAAGGCAAACACCCAGUGGCGAAAAGUUCAAGAUCGGCUAGAGGAUGAUGAACGCUAUGCCCGACUUGAGAAGAUUGACCGCUUGGAUGUUUUUCAAGACUAUAUAAGGCAUCUUGAAAAAGAAGAGGAAGAACAGAAGAGAAUUCGGAAGGAGCAAUUAAGGAGACAAGAACGGAAAAACCGCGAUGAGUUUCGGAAGAUGAUGGAAGAACAUGUUGCUGAUGGCACACUUAACGCAAAAACUUACUGGCGUGACUACUGUUCACAGAUAAAAGAUUCACGUGCUUACCUGGCAGUUGCUUCAAACUUGUCUGGCUCGAUGCCAAAAGAACUCUUUGAUGAUGUCAUGGAGGAGCUUGAUAAGCAGUAUCAAGAUGACAGGGCUUUAAUUAAAGAUGAAGUGAAAUCUGGAAAGAUUCCUAUGUUGGCCUCAUGGACAUUAGAGGACUUCCAAGCUGCUGUUACUGAGGACGAAAAAUAUAAAGGAGUGUCGAACAUAAAUAUCAAGCUUAUUUAUGAGGACCAAAUUGAAAGGCUCAAGGAAAAGGAUCUAAAGGAGGCCAAGAAGCGUCAGCGACUGGGUGAUAAUUUUCUGGAUCUACUGUAUUCAAUCAAGGAAAUUACUGCUGCUUCAACAUGGGAUGAUUCUAAAUCACUAUUUGAUGAUACCCAGGAAUACAGGGAUCUGGGUGGCGAGACAUAUGCUAAAGAGCUUUUUGAAGAGUAUAUUGCCCGCCUCAAAGAAAGGCUUAAAGAGAAAGAGCGCAUGAGGGAAGAAGAGAAGGCGAAGAAAGAGAAAGACCGUGAAGAGAGAGAAAAGAAGAAAGAGAAGGAGAAGGAAAAGAAGGAGAAAGAUCGCAAAGAAAAAGAAAGAGACCGAGAGAAGGAAAGAGAAAAGGAAAAAGGAAAAGACCGGUCAAGGAGAGAUGAAAUGGAUAUUGAUGAUGAUGUGGAAAUUCAUGCCUCGAAAGAUAAGAAACGAGAGAAGGAUAAAGAAAAGAAGCAUAAAAGGCGCCACCAUGACACCACAGAUUCUGAAAGGGAUGAGAAGGAUGAAUCGAGGAAAUCUCGAAGGCAUAGCAGUGAUCGCAAGAAAUCUAGGAAGCACACCCAUGCUUCAGACUCAGAUAGUGAAAACCGGCAUAGAAGACACAAAAAGGAUCGAGAUAGUUCCCGCAAAAAUGGUGGGCACGAGGAGCUUGAAGACGGUGAACUUGGAGAAGAUGGGGAGAUCCAUUAGGCUUUGCUUUUACCUCCAAGAUUUUGAUGGACAGUUCCAUGCGCCUGUUGCCAUUGAUUCAGCAUGGACAUGGAUGCCUGUAGCUGCACUAACAACACCUGUUUGCAAGAGGGGCAGCCGCUGCAGCAGUUCAUCAUCUUUCACAGCAAUGAGUAAUUUGACAGUUCUGUCAUGAGGGGAUUUAAGUUUGAUGAGAUUGUAAUGAUGUGUACAUGCGUAUGCAUGAAUGCAUACUCAUAGUCAGCUGAUCUUGUCACAGGAUGCCUGGUUUUACUGGCAAGAUGUUCCGAGUAGAGAUGCAAGCGGCGCCGCUGCAACUGCCCUGUUCUGCUGGCCAAAUCAGCUGUAGUAGUUUUUUUCGUGUCAUUAGUAUAAUUUGUACUGUGAUAGCUGCUUAACUGGCUGUUGCUGGCGCACCUCUUGCAUCCUAGUUUUGAGUGUAGCUAUCAUCAACUUGAUUUCUACGCUGAAGUAUAUACAUGUUUGUGUGUGUGUUA